AUGAAUUCUUAUCAAAUACAAAAUCAACCAUAUCAACAAAUACAAAAUACUCAUCCAUCAUUCCAACAAGUGCAACCAAUGCAAGUACCACAUUUACAACAACAACAACAACACCAAACAAUGAUUGCACAACAACAGCAUACACCACCACAACAACAUACACCACCACAAAUGAAUAUGAUUCAACAACACACCCAACCAAUGUUAUCACAACCACAAAUUUCAUUACAAAUGCAACCACCAUCACCAAUUUUGGCAUCACAACAACAGCAACAACAUAUGCAAUCAUCACCAAUUUUAGCAUCUUCAAAUUUGACAAAUUCAAACAACGCGUCACAAACAACUUUACCAAUCAUCACAUCAAAACUACUCUUAAAAAAAGAGCCAAUAGAUCAAGAAGUUGUAAAUUCAACACAUAAAACAACCACUACAAACAAUAAACCACCAAAACAAAGUAAAAGGAAGGAAAAAGAAAGAUUGGAAGAAGAGAAACAAACAGUAGCACAACAACAGCAAUAUCAACCACCAUUUAUUCCUUUGGCAUCAAAUGAAUCAAAUAGUGACAAUCCAUUUAAAGGAUCACACGCUUAUGGUGUUUCAACAACUCCUUAUGGAAAUUCACAAUUUAAUAAUAAUAAUAAUAAUAAUAAUAAUAAUAAUAAUAAUAAUAAUAAUAGUAAUAAUAAUAGUAAUAAUAACAACGGUAAUAAUAAUAUUAAUAAUAAUAAUAAUAAUAGUAAUAAUAAUAAUAAUAAUAAUAGUAAUAAUAAUAAUAAUAAUAGUAAUAAUAACAACGGUAACAAUAAUAAUAAUAACAAUAAUAAUAAUAAUAAUAACAAUAAUAAUCACAAUACUAAUAAUAAUAAUAGUAAUAGUAAUAAUAAUAAUAAUAAUGGUUAUCAACAAGAUAAAAAAGAUGAUUAUAGUAUGAUGAUUUGGAGUGAAGUUGGCAGAAAAAUUAAUAUUCUUAUUAGAACUACAUCAAAAGCAACCAAAGGUACUCCAAUUUCAACACAAGAAAUUGCAGAAGCAAUUGGUGCUUCAAAUGGUGUAACAGCUGAUUUAGUUGAGUUGAUAAAGUCAAUUAAUGACCCAACAUAUGUUAGAAAACUUCCACCUUCAUCAAUUUCAAAUACACCAACAAUGGGAAGUCAAUCGGGUGGAAUGGUUUAUAAUAGUUCACCAAUGCUUUCACCAUCCACAAUGUCACCAAUAUUACAACAUGGUAAUUAUCAAAUGGGAGGUGAUAUGUAUUUUGGUGGUAAUAAUCAAUUUUCAGGUGAUAAACAAUCAGCAUUAAACAAUGUAAAGAAUAGCAAAGGAGGUAAUACCAACAAUAGUGGUGGUGGUAGUAGUAGUGGUGGUACCAAUGAUACACAAGCUAAAAAACCAGCACGUAGAAGAAAGAUGAGAUAUGGUGGCACUGAAUUAUCAUGUCACACUUGUGGUGUAACAAAUACACCAGAAUGGCGUCGUGGACCAAAUGGUGCUAAAACACUAUGUAAUGCUUGUGGUCUAGCUUGGGCAAAAUCUGUAAAGAGUGAAAAACAAAAAGAGCUCUUGGCAAAUUCAACAGGUGUUAACAUAACUGAACCAAAGAAAGCUCAAAAAAGAAAGAAAGAAAGUAGUGAUAAUAAUAAUAAUAAUAAUAAUAGCUCUGAUUCAAAUAAAGUAUUGAAGAGUGAUGAUGGUUCCAAUAAUACAAAUUUAACAAAUGAUGAUGAUAAUGGUUAUCCUUCAUCACCAAAUUCUUCAAAUUCAACUUCACCAUCUUCACAUAAUAUUAAUAAUAAUAAUAAUAAUAAUAAUAAUAAUAAUAAUAAUAAUAAUAAUAAUAAUAAUAAUAAUAAUAAUAAUAAUAAUAAUAAUAUUGGUAACAACAAUAAUAACAAUAUCAAUAACAAUAAUACUACAAAUUCAAUUACAACACCAACUACAACACCAUUUCCAACAACUAUACCUGCCAUGCAAAUAGUAUCACAACUUCCAGUCAUGGUUCCUCAAACACAACAACAACCACAUAUGAGUGGAAAUAUAAUAUCUUUUCAAGCACUCCAUCAAAACUCAGGGUAUCAACAUUAUAAAUAA